CCCUUUGAGGUUUGGCCCAAUUGAGCCAUUGUGGGUGUCAAGCCCAGCAUCCUCCGUUCUCCAAUCCAGAGCAAAGCCCUCUGGACUGCAGUCUAGCAGGACCCGAUCUCUCUGCAGGACACUGCUGGCUUUAAGGGUACCAGAGCCAGAGAGUCUUCCGCGCCAAAAGGCUGCGAGCCUGACUGCUCCUUUUUGGACGGUGCCUAUGCCAGGCUCCCUCUCUGUAAGGGACACAAUCGCUGUUUGAAACGGACCUAGUACCAGCACUGCGGGGUGAGGUGCGCACACUCAAGAGAUCCCCAAGAUGUAGAGUAAGUCUUUACACAUUCAAAUACAGGUAUUUUAAAACUCAGGGACUUCUGCUUUGGUCGGGGAACAGCACUUUCUGAGGGCGAUGAACUCAUUAGUUUGUAGCGGUGGUGGCCGGUGAAUUGUCCCAAGGCAGAAUCGCUUACUCCUGUGUCAACAGUAUGUCAGUUGAAAGGCGAGCGAACAGUCAGGGGAACGACUUUAAGGGAUGCUGCACCCAUUAAGCAGAGGUUUGAUGCAGCUAUAAACCAGGACAUAGACAGGAACCAAAUACAUAAUUCGGGCUAUUUAAGCAAAAUUCCGUAGAAGGGAAGAGAGGGAAGGAAGGCUGACGUCACUGGGGGGCGGGGCCGCAGUCCAAAGAAAAGUCGGAGGGCCUGGGGAGACCACAACUGUGGGACACAGUCUCAGCAUGGGCUGCCACAACGGUUCGGAGCUCCAAGACCUGGACUGUUCCAGCCAGCUGCUCCUGCAGCCCCUCUGGGACACCAUAAGGACCAGGGAGUCGUUCGCGGGCUCACCCUUCUUCCCAGUCACCUUUUCUAUCCUCACUUAUGUGAGCUUCUGCCUACCGUUCGUGGUGCUGGACGUCCUGUAUCCCUGGGUGCCCAUCCUGCGACGCUACAAGAUCCACCCGGACUUCUCGCCUUCCGUAAGGCAGCUUCUGCCCUGCCUGGGGCUGACACUCUACCAGCACCUGGUGUUCGUGUUCCCGGUGACGCUGCUGCACUGGGCGCGCAGCCCCGCGCUCCUGCCGCGGGAGGCCCCGGAGCUGUCCCAGCUCCUGAGUCACAUCCUGAUCUGCCUGCUGCUCUUCGACACUGAGUUCUUCGCCUGGCACCUGCUGCACCAUAAGGUGCCCUGGCUGUACCGCACCUUCCACAAGGUGCAUCACCAGAACUCGUCCUCCUUCGCGCUGGCUACCCAAUACAUGAGCGUCUGGGAGCUGCUUUCUCUGACCUUCUUCGACGUGUUGAACGUCGCGAUGCUUCAAUGUCACCCACUCACCACCUUUACCUUUCACUUGCUUAACAUCUGGCUGUCGGUGGAGGACCACUCUGGCUACGACUUCCCGUGGUCUACUCACAGACUUGUGCCCUUUGGCUGGUAUGGGGGUGUUGCUCACCACGACCUGCAUCACUCUCAGUUUAACUGCAACUUUGCUCCCUACUUCACACACUGGGACAAACUGCUGGGCACCUUGCGGUCCGCGCCCCUCCCAGAGCGCCUGUGUGCCUGCGGUAAGCGCUGCUUGGACUCCGGAGAGCUAUGCACUGUACACUUCAACAAGAAGAGACAGACUUGAGUUUUUUUUUUUUUUCAGAAGUUAGUAACUUUUAAAGUGAUGAACACUGCUAUAAAUUCUAAUGUAUUUCUACAGCCCAACAAAGUAAUUUAUAUGUUUGUAUAUGAAUUUAAUUGUAGUCUUGGUGUCAAAUUUCAACUCAUCCUGGUGUCGUUGACUUGUGGACACAAGUUAGACCUUCACUGUGGUGUAUUUAAAUCAUGAUCUCUAGAAUGAUUUUGUUUCUAGGACCAAGACUUUCCUAAGUAUGAAAUUGCACUGGAACUGGGCUAACCACACAUGUUGAUGGAAAAUCUAAUUUCUGACUCUUUAAAUAAUCAAAUUUGUUCCUGCUGGGCAGUGACCAAGGUUAUAGUAUAUUUUUCUACUUUUGAAGGAAAUGAUAUAUUUAUAUUGAAAGAAUUUUUAUUCAUAUUUUAAAAAUAAAAAGAAUAUGAACUAAACAAGC